UGAAAUUGACUGCAGACAAAUGGAGGCUUAGACAGGGCAUUGGUGAAACCACUGUUGGAGCAGUGUGUACAGUACUGGUCUCCUUCUUAAGGAAAGGGUGACAGCGGGAAAUAUCAGAGGAGUAACUGAACUUGAUUGAGGCAGCACAUGGAAUACAAGGAGUAACAGAAUGCAAACUGUCCUUAAAGAAAAGCAAGCCUGUGACCGAUCCAAAGUAACUUUGGAUUGCGAAUAACUUUGGAAUGUGAAUAAACAGGAUACAUGGAAAGAUCCCAAGGCCUAGCAAAUACGAUGUCUGGGAAACGUCGUUUGAGGGGAGGAAAGCCUCUGCUCAAAAUUAUGAAGAAAUUUAAGAAAGUGCUACUGAUUGUUCCUGUUUUUGUAUUGCUGUGCCUUUAUUUUUUACGUUGUUUAUGCUCCUUGCUGGCCUACUAUUCAAAGGAAGAUGCCUCCUUGGAUUUUGAUUACUCGGAACUAAUGAAAACUCCUGGCAUUAUGUUUGUGGAGACCACAGACAGCAUGGAACCCUCAGCACUUGCUGUUUGCUCAGUGGAGUCAGCCAGUCUGAGAAACCCUGACAAACCUGUUUAUUACUUCCUGAAAGGAUUCAGUGGGAACCUGUCGCACUAUCCGCACGUGCAGUAUGAAGCUAUUCAUGCACUUUCUUUAUUGAGAAAUGUUACUAUUUUCCCUCUGAGACCGAAAGCACUGUUUUGGGAGACCCCGCUGAGCUCCUGGUAUGAACAGGUAAACCCAUAUUGGGAAAAGUAUUGGACACAUGUGCUCGCUGAUGCUUGUCGUCUAGCCCUGCUGUGGAAGUACGGGGGCAUCUACCUGGACACGGAUAUCAUCUCAUUAAAGUCCUUAGGAUUGCAGAACUUCCUCUGUGCUGAAGGAUAUCAGACAGCCAAUAAUGCCGCACUUGGAUUUGAGAAACGCCAUGAAUUUAUUUGGGAGUGCAUGCAAGAUUACGUCAGGAACUAUGAGGGACGUACUUGGGGUUACCAGGGGCCGGCUCUGAUGAGCAGGGUCUUGAAGCGUUGGUGCCAGUCUGAUGAUUUGAGCCAGUUUUUCAAUUUGCAAUGCAAAGGCAUUUCCUAUCUCUCUCCCAACUAUUUCUACCCAAUCUCCUACACAAGUUGGGAAAGUUACUUCCAACACUGGAAGAGGUCCAGUAUCGAGCCGUUUUUCUCCCAGACGAUAGGGGCGCAUGUCUGGAAUUUUAAAAAUGUCGGGCAACAAAAGAAAGUUAUUGCAGGCAGUGGAACACUGAUGGAGUACUUCUUCACUCAGCAUUGCCCUGUAACCUACAAAUUGCUAGUAAAACGUGUCAGUUGAAGUCCAGUGCUCUCAGAAAUUUGGCUUUUGACUGACCAAUGAAAAUAUCUCUCCCCUCUUUUCCACACUGCCUGUGACCCUACUAUCACAUGCAUGUGCCAUUGCUCCUACCCCCCACCUCUCUCCCUCUGAUUUUUAAGCUGCUGCCCUUUGUCUAACUUUGUCAGGCGAGUUGUGGGAACCCAAGCAAAAUGGCCUGCCAGAUCAUGGUUCAGGCUGGGCCAGAUGUUUCAUCACCUGAAAACAAAAGACAAAUAUUUCUGACAUCUGCCUGUAGGCCCUUUCAAAAUGGUGGCAGCUGCAUUGCUUACAUGGGUGGGAGUGUGAUUCACCCUCUUGGAGGCCUCAGGUGUCUUAUGAGCACCAGGCUAGGUCAGUGAACUUUGAUCCUGCUUAGCAUUACCACAAAGGCCUUAUAUCAUCAAGCCUCCUUUAAACAUGCACUUUAUUAAUAAUGUGGAUUGACAAACCCAGUAUUGAGGUAGUACAACAGACAGAGACUGCACUGAGCUAACUGUAUUACAAAUUCCUCAUCAGUGUCUGGUUUCAGCUGAUGGUCUGCAUGUAACAGUGUUAAUGUCCUCCUGUCCACAAGAAUACACACAGUUCAGCAAAGCUGGAGUUUUGCAGGCUGUGGUGACCUGUCUGUACUUCAAGAUAGUGAUUCUUCCUGUGCAGACAGGCAGUUCAAAUGUGGAAGGCCUCACAUUGACUCUGGUACUGCUAUUGACAGACACCUACUUCCCAGUAGAUGUGUUGGUGACAUGAAAUAUAACUGCAUAGUGGUUGCUCAUUAGAUUCCACCCACCCCCACCUUUAUUUGCUUCAGUAACUAUUGAAACCAGUUGCAAUCUCCUUUUCACUUGGAUCUGGCCCUCCCAUGAUCAUAGAACAUGGUGUUGCAAAAAAAAAAUGACCUGCUACGCUUUACAUUCGGUAGGUUUUAAUUGGGGAAUGUUAAACUUGGUUUUCUUUGACGUGAAAAUGUAACAUUGUCAAACAUUCAAACCUGACCUCUACUCGCCUCGACCUGCCCCUUGGAGACCGGCAGUAAAAGGGCACGAGGAAGAGAAUUGCUUCCCCUGAAUAUUAAAAAACUGCCACCUUAACCCCUCUGAUUAGACACACCCACACCCUAAAACAAGCUUCUGAAUUCUCUUGCAGUUUUCUCCUGGACUUUUUUCUCAGUUUCUCAAAAUCCAUGAUCUUUAAUCUUGGGAGUCUCUAUUAUUUUCUUCCGGUUUAUUACAAACAAGGAUUGGUAGCACAAUCUUCGUUUGAAUUUAAGACUGAUAUACAUUUAUUGGCAGCUGGGAAGCUCUGCAGACCUGUAUGACUGAUGCAGUGUUCAGAGUACAGAUUAGGCUACUUAUUGACUACAUUCUCUGUGGGGUAGGGGAGGCAAUAGUGCUGAUCAGCUAUUUAUGAAAUGCCCCUUAAAGUCACAGGUAAAUUACAUCACAGCAUCUCCCUUUUCUCAGGUUUAUACAUUUUAAAAAAGUAAAUACAUAAAAAGAAAAUUACUUCUUGUGUUUGAAUAUAUCAAAGCAAUAAAUUUGGAUAUCUGAAGCAUAUCAGUAGUUUACUAAUAUGCCCAGACUUAGUUUAUGGUAAUUUUGGUUCAAGACUGUGGAAUGCCUUUAGAAUGCUGGUUGUUAAGCUUACUUUUAUCUUAGACUCUGUUUUAUUUGCGAUCUGGUUAUGUUGUUCCUGGUUAGAUUAUUGGUCUGAUUUUGGGGCAUCUUUCCAUCUCCCUGUCAUGACUCUUGGUGUUUGAGCUUUGAUGUAUUCUCUGAUCUAGGUAUGCAUCAAUAAUUUCUGGGGGUUGUACAUGCUAUCAAUGUUAUACGUGGACAUUUUACUUUGGCAAUACAUUACCUAUGUGCUGGUUGUGGUCAUCUAUCAUCUUUCCCUUUUUUAAUUAAUCAAGGCAUCGCCUUCUCCUGGGAGAAUAUUGAUGAUGGAAAGUAUUGUUUUCAUUUUCCGCCACACUGCCAUUCUACAUUGUUCCUGCAGAAUGAUGAAGUUUGUGAAUUUGGAACAGCUAUAUAUUCAAAUUGGCGUAUGUUGUGCAGUUUAUUGAUUUUUGUUUUGCAACACCUAUUGUUAUGAGAUUGGAUGAGUUAGGCCUACACCAUGGAUAUGACACUUCAUCAGCAAGUGCUGGAUCAAUACAGUGUGGAGCUGGAAGAACACAGCAGGUCAGGCAGCAUCAGAGGAGCAGGAAAGGCAAUGUUUCAG